AUGUCGAAAACGACGGUUGUGUUUUACAACAUAAUUAAUGACAAAGAGGAGAAAAACUCACAGAACGUUUUUUACAUCCCCAAACCGAUAAAUUCGAUAACGUUACAUGACAUACGAAAUGGGUUUCCCUUAGUUGGCACCUACCACUUCAGAUUCAAAAUAAUUCACAACAACACCCCUGCGUGGGUUGAUAUCAGCGAAGAGUCCUCGCCAAUCCCCAGCUUGAAUUCGUGUAUCUACGCGAAGGUUAAUUUUCUCUCCCCACUCCGCAACAAUUGUUGAAUGGAUCACAGGAGGGCAAAGGAAGCUCCUGGAGGAAAACUUCUCGAGGAAGGUGUGCCAAAAUUGUAUAAAAAUGAGAAAACUAUCUUUGACAUAAAGGAAAAUAAAUCAGAUGAGCCUGUCCAUAUGAGUAAGACCAAGGGGAACAUCGACAUGCUGUUAUUUGAGAGCACUCCGAACAAGGCUAUGCACGUGGACGGCGGCAAGCGGAAA